UUGAUUAUCCUCAUCAUAUUGCAUUUGGCGAGAAUAAAAUGUUGGAACAAAUCAACAUAUGGCACUUGAACGAGCUUCCCUUGCAAGAUGCAUUUCAAUUAAAACAUUCAACUAAACAUAUAGCACGCAAAAAUUAUUCAUAAAAAAUGUGUGCGAGAGAGAGAAAAAAGUGUGUAUACUAUAGCAUACGUACUUCGGACGAGAGAUAUGAAACAAAAAUGUGUGUAGUGUGAAAGAGUGCACGCAUACACGUUUCCCAUUUCAACACACAUGUUCUGAUUGAAGCUAGUUGAAAAACAGAAGCAUUUAUGCGCAAAGCCAUACCAACAACAACAACAACAACAACACCAAUGUAAAAAGAAGCAUUGAGCGUUUGCGAAUAGAGAAGAAUAUACGUAAAUAGAACACAGAGAGCCGCCGCCGCCGACGACGACGACGACAGCAAGAGCUACGCUAACAAAGAGAACAAUCCAAUACAUGCAUGUAUAUCCGUUCUUGCUAUUUCUUCAUACAUAUAAAAAAAAAACUACAAACAUCAAAAGCAAAACUCAUUCGGCACAGCGUUAUAGUGUUCAUUUACAUUUUAGCAGCCAAGCGGCUAGUUUUGUGGAAGCAUUUUUUGUUAUUGUUGAUUUCAUUUUUUUUGAUUUCACUUCAUUUCGUUGGCAUUGUAAAAAGUUUAAUUUUUUGCAUUUAUUUGAUUUUUUUUUCUUCGUUGCGGUUCGGCAUAUUUCUUUCAUACUUUCGGCGAGAUUGUGCACGUUGUUUUAAUGGAAUUUAAAUCGUAACGGCCAAUUGACAACGAGCUAAAUUGUAAAACAAUAUACUGAUAAGGCACACAUAGCGGUGCAAAGAGAGAAGCAAACAAAACAAAAAUAAAUCAUUGAACAGCGAAUUGCGAAGGCACGAGUUCAUGCAAAUAGUGUGAUACAAUCAGAAUGGUAAUUUCAAAAAUUUGUUGCAUUGGCGCUGGAUACGUUGGCGGUCCAACAUGCAGUGUUAUCGCAUUGAAAUGCCCGAACAUUCGAGUAACAGUUGUCGAUCUUAGUGUCGAACGUAUAUCUCAAUGGAAUUCAGAUAGAUUGCCCAUUUACGAGCCUGGUUUGUAUGAUGUCGUCAAAAAGUGCCGAAACAAGAAUCUCUUCUUUUCAAAUGAUAUUGAAACUGCCAUUGACGAAGCUGAAUUGAUUUUCAUAUCGGUGAAUACGCCAACGAAAACAUUUGGCAAUGGGCGCGGACGUGCUGCCGAUUUGAAGUAUGUCGAAAGUGCGGCCAGAAUGAUUGCCAAAGUGGCACGCAACAAUAAAAUUGUGGUUGAAAAGAGUACGGUGCCGGUAAGAGCUGCCGAAAGUAUAAUGCACAUUUUGGGUGCAAAUCAAAAAAUGGACGUUAAGUAUGAAAUCUUAUCGAAUCCAGAGUUUUUGGCAGAAGGCACUGCCAUUGUAGAUUUAUUGAACGCCGAUCGUAUAUUAAUUGGUGGCGAAUGUACCGAAAGUGGCAUGAAGGCCAUUGAAGAACUGUCGUGGGUUUAUCAGCAUUGGAUAGCGAAAGAGAAAAUUCUAACAACGAAUACAUGGAGUUCGGAACUCUCAAAAUUGGCGGCGAAUGCAUUUUUGGCACAACGAAUCUCAAGCAUCAACUCGUUAUCGGCUGUAUGUGAAGCAACUGGUGCCGAUGUUACUGAGGUGGCCAAAGCCGUUGGUCUUGAUUCGCGAAUUGGCUCAAAAUUUUUGCAAGCGUCCAUUGGUUUCGGUGGAAGUUGCUUUCAAAAAGACAUUCUCAAUUUAGUUUAUAUAUGCGAAGGUUUGAAUUUACCUGAAGUGGCUGCGUAUUGGCAACAGGUGAUCGACAUGAAUGAAUAUCAAAAAAUGAGAUUUUCACAAAAGAUUAUCGAGUGCUUAUUCAAUACGGUGUCGGAUAAACGGAUCACAAUAUUUGGUUUUGCAUUUAAAAAGAAUACAGGAGAUACACGUGAAACGCCGGCUAUAACUGUUUGUAAGACUCUAUUGGAAGAAGGUGCCAAAUUGAAUAUUUACGAUCCGAAAGUUGAUCAUCUACAAAUUCUCGAAGACUUGACGCAUCCGAGUGUAACGGAUAGUCCAGAAUAUGUACGAAAAGCCAUCACCAUAUUCGACAAUGCUUAUGAUGCGGUCAAAGAUACAUACGCAAUCGUUUUAUGUACCGAAUGGGAUGAAUUUGUUGAACUGGAUUACAGAACCAUUUACAGUAAGAUGAUGAAACCGGCAUACAUUUUCGAUGGACGAAAGAUAUUAAAACACAAAGAACUGCAAGAGAUAGGCUUUCAUGUUCAGACCAUAGGCAAGAAGUUGAAUCGAACCGGUUUACUGAGGUCAUGGGCUGCUUCACAGCAAUAACAUCGAAUCAACUUUAAUAAAUAAAAAAAAAAAAUUAAAAACAAAAAAUUCCACAUCAUUUUCAAAGUAUUACCGUUCAAAUCAAGUUUGCAUUGAUUUAAUAUAGCAAUAAGAAAUGUGAAAAAAGAAUAGCACUGCGUUUAUCAGUCGAUUUAUAUCAUUAGCGCUUAGAUAAUUCACGGAAUUAAUUAUAAAUGGAGAAAUUGUUCAAAUACAUUGUUAUAUCAAAUUUCUGAUCACCAUCAAAUGAAUUGAA